UCAAUAUUUUCCCCUAAAAAUGUCGAUUUCUUCUGUAAUUGCUCUAACGGCUAUUUUUUUCUCUAGAGCAUAAGAAAUCUCAACGUUUAACGAUUACAAUUACCUAAUGAUCAAUUGUAAUUUUGAGCAUUACUUGUAAUCUUUGGUUAGUCAAUUCCGAAGAUGGAUCAGCCGAAGAAAGUUGCUGAUAGGUAUCUGAAGCGAGAGGUUCUUGGUCAAGGUACUUACGGAGUCGUCUUCAAGGCUACUGAUACUAAGAAUGGAGAAACUGUAGCGAUUAAGAAAAUAAGACUUGGUAAACAAAAAGAAGGUGUGAAUAUAACAGCUCUCAGAGAAAUCAAAUUACUCAGAGAGCUUAAGCAUCCUCAUAUAAUUGAGUUGAUUGAUGCAUUCCCUCACAAGGAGAACUUGCACAUUGUAUUUGAGUACAUGGAGACUGAUCUCGAAGCAGUUAUCCGCGAUCCUAAUCUGUUUCUUUCUCCCGCUGAUGUCAAAUCUUACCUCCAAAUGAUAUUGAAAGGUCUUGAAUAUUGCCAUGACAAAUGGGUUUUGCAUAGAGAUAUGAAGCCUAACAACUUGUUGAUAGGACCAAAUGGACAACUGAAACUUGCAGAUUUUGGGUUAGCACGUAUAUUUGGUAGCCCUGGUCAUAAGUUUACCCACCAGGUCUUUGCUAGAUGGUAUAGAGCACCUGAACUUUUGUUUGGUGCAAAACAAUAUGGUGGUGCAGUUGAUGUUUGGGCUGCGGGCUGCAUUUUUGCUGAACUUCUAUUGCGCAGACCAUUUCUUCAGGGGAACAGUGAUAUUGAUCAAUUAAGCAAAAUCUUUGCUGCCUUUGGGACCCCAAAAGCAGAUCAGUGGCCCGAUAUGAUCUGCCUUCCUGAUUAUGUAGAGUAUCAAUUUGUCCCCGCGCCUGCUCUACGUUCUUUAUUCCCUAUGAUUAGUGAGGAUGCUCUAGAUUUGUUGUCUAAGAUGUUCACCUAUGACCCCAAGUCUAGAAUAUCGAUUCAGGAGGCUCUGCAACAUAGGUACUUCACAUCUCCACCUACUAUUACUGACCCUUCAGAGCUCCCAAGACCAGUUCGACAGCAUGGAGCUAAGUCAUCUGAUAGUAAACACAAGGCCAUUAAAGUGUUGUCACCAGCACAUAAGUUUAGACGAGUGAUACCUGACCGAGGUAAGUCUGCUAAUGGAUUCAAGGACCAGAGUGCUGAUGUUAUGAGACAAGCUAGCCAUGAUGGACAAGCACCAAUGUCUUUAGAUUUCACCAUCUUAGCAGAGCGGCCACCUAACCGACCAACCAUCACCAGUGCGGAUAGAUCUCAUCUGAAGAGGAAACUCGAUCUCGAGUUCCAAUAGGAUAGAACUUAAGAGGCAUCUUAACGUCGAUCUUCAGUUCCUAUAGCCUAUAGGAUCUUGAGUUUCAGGCUAUAAUUGGGUUGUCCCGUCAACUAAUUCCUGAAAUUUGUCUUUUUACAACUAGUGAUGCUGAACAAGGUGAAUAAUUCUUUCUGGUUACAAGAAAAUGUAACGCACAGAUGAUGAACUAAUCAUCAUGUACACCCAUUUUAGAAAAAUCUUUCUGUUAUUAGCCUAUUUUGAGAAGCAACUUAUAAAGAGAGUAGAAGCAUCUUAUAUAGAGAGUGUACAGAUCCCAAACUCAUUCUUUAAUGAAGAUUUUCAUUCUCAAUUCCUCUUUCAA